AUGUUGAAAGGUCUUUGUGGGGGACGCAGCUCCCCCCCAGUGGAGGGUACCCACGAGGGAGGCAAGAAGCACUACAGAUAUGAAUCUUUAUGGAGGGAACAAAACAAGGGCGAUCACAUUAUGGAACUAUGCCUUUUGGAAAGAGUUCAUGCUGAUUGGCUAAGUGGCGAAUUAGGGAGAAGCUACUCUGAUGAGAUGGUUGCUGAUGAGAAGAGCUAUAGGAAGGGGGUUACCUCUGGGGAGGAUAACCAAACGACAGUAGAAUAUUAUACGUAUGAACUGAGGAAAGAACAAACGAAGGCGAUCAUAUUCAGCGCGAACAGGUGUUUUAAAUUAUUUAACGAUGGGGUGUUUCUGCUAAAGGUGGCAUGUCAUUGUCAGCUGGGUACAGACACGGAAUUGUUAAAUGUUCACCGUGGGAGAGUUUACAGAGUGGUUUUUAUUUGGCUGAUCUGCUUGUAUAUCACUUCCCAUUUUACUUUUCACCUUCGAAAGUAUUUUAUUGUGAAUGUUAUUCCGCAAGACCAUCACGACUUGUUUAGUCUCUUUAAAGUAUUUAAGAAGGUUAUAUGUUUUCAGAGGGAAGAAAUAUCCAUUUUGUGUUUCUAUAGCAGGAUGGAAAAGACCUAUAUUUUUAUUAAUAAAUUUCUGGAGGAUAUUCCACAAUUUUUUUUAUAUCUUUUGUGUUUCUGGAUGAAUGGGGGAGAUUACGUAUUGGUUUUCCUUCCUUGUGUAUGUUAUUGGGUUUUCUAUGUUGUGAUGACUGUGUUUUAUCACGGGCCGAGCUGUCCCCUAGUUGGGGUGAUGAUGCGUUUGUUUGUUUCGGCUUCCUUGGCGGAAGACGCCUUCAUCGAGUUCGACGCAGCGCCAACGAAUAAGUUUUUCUCUCUCUACGUUGCGACAGUUUUUUCUGUAUGGUCCCUUGUCGCCUUGGCGACGGUGCCCCUCGUGGGUACCCCUUGGAUUACACUUAUCUACGUUCAAUUCCUAGCCUUCUUGCUUCUCUCGAUGGCCUUCCUCUUUUCCUUCUUGUAUUUCCACUUUGGUGCGAAGCAAAAACUUUACUUAAACCCUUACUACUGCCUAAGGAGUGAUGUUGAGUGGCAGAAUGGCAACCAAGGUGGCACUGUUGCAGUGUCAGGAGCUGAGUGA